GAAAUAGGAUUCGUUAUUUCUUCCAUACAGCUAGUCUGUGUAUUUUGGAAUAAAGGAAUAGCGAGAAGGGUUAUACAGGCGUGGAUACGAUAACCUUAGACAGACAUGGCGGCGCUGAGGUUGUGCAGUAGUGUCCUCCGCACUGCUUAUAGAGGUGGAACCUCUAUACCAGUUGCAAGAAGCAGCUGCCCUUACAAUAAUUUGGCAAAAGCUCUUCAGUCACAGUGUUUUAUAUCUGAGCCUCGCAUUGUUACAGCUCAACAAAUCAGACAUAGCAGCUUCUUCAACAAAUGUGAGUAUCUUAAGAAGGAGGUGAAAAAUGUUUUUAAUAUGACAGCCAAGGAAGGAAGAAAAAAAUCUGUUAGUGCCUUGGUGGUUGUCGGUAACGGCAACGGAGUAGCAGGUUUUGCACUGGGGAAAGCCACUGACAGAAUGGUAGCACUUAGGAAAGCAAAGAAUAGAGCAAUACACUAUCUGCACUAUAUAGAGAGAUAUAAUGAUCAUACGAUAUAUCAUGACGUCACCACGUCUUUUAAAAGAACAAGAAUAAGAAUGAAGAAACAGAACGUAGGUUAUGGUCUUCAUUGCCACCGGGCGAUUAUUACCAUUUGCAAAUUACUUGGAAUCCAAGAUAUGUAUGCUAAGGUUUCUGGAUCCACAAACCUGCUUAACCUCACAAGAGCAUUUUUUCUUGGACUGUCAAAGCAGGAGACUCACCAACAGUUGGCAGACAAGAAAGGUCUUUAUGUAGUAGAAUUUAGAGACGAGUGUGGACCCCUUCCUCGUAUUGUUGCUUCACCCCAGGGAGCACUUAGAAAAGAUCCAGAACCUGAAGGCGAAGUUCCGAAUACCAAACUGGACUGGGAUGAAGUUAAAUCAGCUCAGGGAAUGAAACGUUCCAAAUGGGCAAAUGUCAAAAGGACAAUAUGGUGAAGGACAAUUGAAAACCUGCAGCGAUGGAGAAGUAAUACACUGUAAAUUGUGUUCAGUAUUUUUUCUGUCAUAAUUAUGAUGGUGAAAUACUUCCACCGUAUGUAAACGUUGAUUAUGCAACAAAGUAUGGUGAUAACUGUAAAGUAGUGCUUCAGUUUGUCCAGCAAAAACCUCAUACUUCAUGCUCACUUCUGUGAAUUGUCAAAUAUAAAUAAAGCUUUUUUUUUCAGAUAUAA